CAAGACGCAAAUUUAACAACUUUGCUGAUCCGAGAAUCCUUUGUUUCCUUAGAAGCUAGGAAGUAACCCGCCCGUGGCUGUAACACCCGAGACCCUCCAUUCGAAAUCUUUUUGUCAACCAACGCUGGCCUGUCGUCUACCUGACGGGUUCUCCGACUUCUCGACAACAUGUCCGGCGAAAUGGCGAACGAGGUCAAACUCAUCAGCGGAAGGAGCCACCCCGAGCUCAGCGAGAAGGUUGCGAAGCGACUCGGAAUCGAGGUCGCUAGGACCAUCUCUCUCAACUACUCGAACCAAGAAACCUCCUUCACCGUCGGCGAGUCGGUCCGCGACGAAGAUGUCUUUAUUAUCCAGUCUACCACCACCGGCGACGUCAACGAGGGCUUGAUGGAGCUCCUCAUCGCUAUCUCGGCCUGCAGAACCGCCAGUGCACGGAGGAUAACGGCAGUCAUUCCCAACUUCCCCUAUGCUCGCCAGGACAAGAAGGAUAAGUCCCGCGCUCCUAUCAGCGCCAGACUUGUCGCCAACAUGUUGCAAACCGCCGGUGCCAACCACAUUGUCACCGUUGAUCUCCAUGCUUCUCAGGUACGUUCUGUCUUUGCGAUCCAAGGCUUCUUCAGCGUUCCCGUCGACAACCUGUAUGCGGAGCCUUCUUUCCUUCGCUACAUCCGCGAGAACUACAAGCCUGAGGACUGUGUGAUCGUCUCCCCUGAUGCCGGUGGUGCCAAGCGUGCUACCUCCAUCGCAGACCACCUCAACACCGGCUUCGCUCUUAUCCAUAAGGAGCGCCCCCGUCCCAACGUUGUUGGUCGUAUGGUUCUCGUCGGUAAUGUCGAGGACAAGAUCGCCAUCCUUGUCGAUGAUAUGGCCGACACUUGCGGCACUCUCGUCAAGGCUGCCUCCGUCCUCAAGGAGAACGGCGCCAAGGCCGUACUCGCUCUCGUUACUCACGGCAUUCUUUCCGGUAAAGCCAUUGAGAACCUUAACGGUAGUGUCCUCGAGGCGCUUAUCUGCACCAACACCGUCCCGCUCGGUGACAAGAUUGAAAGGUGCCCCAAGAUCCGCGUCAUCGACAUCUCCCCGACCAUCGCCGAGGCCAUCCGCCGCACGCACAACGGCGAGUCGGUGUCUUAUCUUUUCAACCACGCCCCUGUCUAACUACAGACAGCCGGGUCUUUUCUAUAUCUCACAAGCAUCAUAACAUAGCCUAUUGGGUGAGGCUAUACAUAUCAUAUUUGGCAGGGGUUUUCUUUUGCAUCCAGGUUAGAAAGGGUGUUUUUACGUAAAAAAAAGAGGUGGGUAGGGUUGGUAUACCUCGUUGCUUUGACUUUUGAACACGGGGACUCGGGGAGAGAAUGGAAUAUCUCUCGUCAGGUGUUUGCCUUGUGUCUCUUUUUUUUUCUUGACCUUCACGGUGCAUGGGUAGC